GCCGUCGUGAUUGGUUUAUUAUCGCGAUCCACGCGUCGUCUCGCGAGAGUAAUAUUCGUCAUCACACUGCCCUACUCGGACGUGUUUAGUUUAUAUUUUGAUCAUCAAAUAAAGAUAGUUUUUGUUUUUGUUAGAAAGCAAAACAACGCGCUUUGAUCUUGUUGUAGAGGGUGAUCGCGAGUGACAAUUACUGCCAGUUGACGUGAUGUGCCAAACCGGUCAUCAAAGCUAGCUAUUACCACAGGUGUGUCCUUAGUAUAAGAAGAAUGAACAAAAAAUGACAAAAAACGGCAGACAUAAGGCAGCCACCAACCAGAUGAUCUUGAUCUGUGAGAAGAGUUUUGAGAGCAGCUGGUUCGCGAUCAUUUGAACGGUGAAGACGAGCGGUCGGCCAGGGCUGCAAAAUGGUGAUCAGUGCUCCCGGCAAGAUGUUUCUGGUGACCUGUUUGCUGUUUGCUAUAUGCGUGGCCCUAUUCUUCACGUUGGUAACGCUGAAAAAGAACGAACGGUUGCUGCAGUGGGAAAAUUUCAUGCGGAGAGGUCAGUCCAGGCUGACCGAGACCGGGGGCACCAAUCAUUGGUACUUUGUGGUCAGAGACCUUGACAAAAUCAAAGCCAUAUCGGAGGUGCGGAACAUCGAACGAUCAUCGCGCCUGGAGAAAACUGCCACUGGCUUCGUAGUGCAGGGCGUAGACUACGAAAUCGUGUUCGACCGUCUCUCGCUGCCACCGAGCGAACCUGAGGACUUUGCCCUGUCGCUGGUCAAGCGGAGACUGUACCGCUGGGAUGCCAAACCUCGCAGCUACGACGAUAAGGGUUGAUGGGGGAUUUACGCGAACGGAUAAGACGAACUGAGUUGAAUAGAAAACUGUUACCAGAAUAUGACAUUUGAAAGUGUAGCUUCUUUAGUUGGUAGUCAAAUAUUUGUGAUAGUUUAUGUUAGAUUAGGUAAUAAGGCUGACUACUCUUUUACUUAACAUUUCACAAAAAUGGAGUGGUGGCUUCGUAAUGACAUUAUUAUUUUUAUUUAAACUGAAUUUGUUGGAAACUAAACUAUUUCAUUAAACUAAGACAAAAAUGUGAACCCCUCAUAAUAAAGCAUAGAAUUACCUGUUUAGAACAAA